AUGAUGCCAUUUGAGGUGCUUUUCGUUGCUGGCGAUAAAGCCAACUGCCGGAGGUCCUGGUACGUCUUGGGCAAGCAGGUGUCGCCAGCGUGUGCGAUGGCUUUGCUGGGUAUGGGCAAUGAUCGGUUAAGCCGGAUAUUGCAAUUUAGACGGGAUAUGCGGAAGUCUGACGGAAACGUGCUUUGGUUUCAGCGAGCAAGUCGCAGCAAGAAGUCUCAUGAGAAGAUCACAGUGGUAUUUGAGUCGGUGGAUGACCACGAGUCAGAGGCCGAGAGCACAUCAGAUGAAGGAGAUCACGACGAGGUUAUCCCAGAAGAGCCCAUCGAAAAGGACCAGGAACUGCGACUUCACGUGCUCGGCAUGAACUCCUUUUUCACAUCAUGCGUGGAAACAAACUUCGCCAGCAACAUCAAGAAUCUACCUGUCCGGUAUUUGCCGCCAGGAACCAUUCAUAUGUUGUGGAUGAACAUGCAAACAGAGAGGAAAGGCGACGGCAUAUCGUACAACCAUUUUUGGCGUACCUUUCGCCAGGGCUGGAGCAAUCUGCUCCGUUUUGUGGCUCCAUCCACACACGGGGCCUGUGAUGUUUGUUGCGGAUUCAAAUCCGACUUCAAACGGCAGCUUGACCCUCAAACCAAGUUUGAGACAGCUCGCUGUUACCGACAUCAUUUGGAAGAGGUCGGUCGGGACCGUGACCUGGAGCAGUUUCUCCAAGCUAGCAACCCUUUGGAGAGAAGUGGACAUCCAUUGGCAAUGCAUUGGGACGGAAUGGACCAGAGCAAAUGGAGAAUCCCACGGUAUCAUGGCCCCAAUGGACAGCGCCCUUUGAAGUCAACGAUGAACCUGCAACGACCACAGCUCAAAGUGCAGGGCAUAUGGAUCUUUAACGUUUUGCUGGACCUUUACGUCCUAGAUCCUCGAGUGGCAGCUUACUCAACCACGGUUCUGGAGACCGCAAGUCGCUCAAUAGACUUUGCUUUGCAGCUGUGCGAUGAGCUGAGAGUUCCCCGCCCCAACCAGCUUUUGGUUUGGGCUGACAAUUGCGUGAGGGAGAACAAGAACGGGCAACUUCUGCGGAAGAUCGAGAACGUCUUGAACCGCAUCGGGGUCAGGCAUUGGAUAGGACAAAAGGCACGAAUCCGUGUGCAGUACAUAUCCGGUGUUCGGGAGUUCAAGAACUGGCUAUCGGCUGCACCGGUGACAUUUGCCGGGGGUCUCAAAACGGACGAGACGGGCCUGCACGCGUUCAUCUUUAUGCGCCGCUCAGACCUCCCUGCCAACAUCAACAUCGUCGCCCACGGUCGGGGUGCGGCCUAUGAGACUCACGAAUCUGACGUGAUCCUGAUGGUCAAACGCAACGCUUCGGACGAUGGAUUGUGUCAGGAGCCAAUGUUGGCGUUUCCAUACCGGUACGUUGCCCGAUUUGGCCCUUUGCCCGCUGAGCCACGAAGCCUAAAGCUGAUCAAACCCGCCAAAAAGAAAGACUACUUGGCUUUGGCCCAAAUUUUGCUUCGGACAAACCCGUCGGAAGCAACUCGGAGGGCAGUAGAGUUUUUAGUUGGGAUUUGCACUGGCUUAGACCCAGAGGCUGUUCCGACCAUUAAAUGGUUGGAGGAAGAGCCUCGAGCACCCGCUAUAGAUUUGGGGGGGCUCUCGGUGCUUGACAGGGUUGCACCAGCUAUGCGACUUCGGGCCCACCUGCGGCCGUAG